ACGAAAAAGCUAUAUGGCAUGAAAAGUCAUGAUUGUCACGUGUUCAUGCAAAGACUUUUGCCUAUUGCUUUUCGUGAAUUACUUCCUAGUAAUGUGUGGCAAGCACUUACAGAGUUGAGCUUAUUUUUUAAAGAUCUUACUUCCACCACUCUACGAGUGGAUGACAUGGAGAGAUUGGAGAGAGAUAUUCCACAAAUCUUAUGCAAGUUAGAACGUAUAUUUCCUCCUGGGUUCUUUGACUCAAUGGAGCAUCUUCCUGUGCACAUUCCAUAUGAAGCAAGGAUAGCUGGACCAGUGCAAUAUCGAUGGAUGUAUCCUUUUGAAAGGUAUUUGGGAACUCUUAAAAAGGAUGAUUGGGAAUAAAGCUAGUGUAGAGGGUUCCAUUUGUGAAGCGUACUUGAUGACAGAGUCAACACAAUUAUUUUCUCAUUAUUUUGAACCUCAUGUCAUGGCACGUAAUCAUAAUGUGGAACGUAAUGAUGAUGGUGGUGUUGUGGAAGAUCUUGAAGGAAAUUUAUCAAUAU